UGCUGGGCUGUUGGAGAGCUCGAGCUGCAAGCCACCGAGCGCGAGCUCGAGCGCGGCGCGCUGGCCGGGGAACCCAAGAGCGCACGGCGCCCCAAGCUGGAGACCCUGGGCUUCCCCGGAGGAGCUCACCCCAAGGGGCCAGGACUCCGGCGAGCCCGCCACCGUUCCCUCGAGUGCCGCCGCCACCACCGCAUCCGCGGGAGCAGCAUGGUCCAGCUGGGGAAGCUGCUCCGCGCCCUGACUUUGGUGACGGUUCCCUGCUGCGUGCUCGAGGUGCUUCUGUGCGCGCUGGCGGCGGCGGCGCGCGGCCAGAUGUACGCCCCGCACUCCAUUCGGAUCGAGGGGGACGUCACCCUCGGGGGGCUGUUCCCGGUGCACGCGAAGGGUCCCAGCGGAGUGCCCUGCGGCGACAUCAAGAGGGAGAACGGGAUCCACAGGCUGGAAGCGAUGCUCUACGCCCUGGACCAGAUCAACAGCGAUCCCAACCUGCUGCCCAACGUGACGCUGGGAGCGCGGAUCCUGGACACUUGUUCCAGGGACACUUAUGCGCUCGAACAGUCGCUCACUUUCGUCCAGGCGCUCAUCCAGAAGGACACCUCCGAAGUGCGCUGCACCAACGGCGAGCCUCCGGUUUUCGUCAAGCCCGAGAAAGUAGUUGGAGUGAUUGGGGCUUCGGAGAGUUCGGUCUCCAUCAUGGUAGCCAACAUCCUGAGGCUUUUCCAGGUAGGGGGGCGCUCCCUCCGGGGCAGAGCGCGCCGUAGCUCCCCGCGCUCUUUAUCCUGAAGGCUGGCUUGGACUCCAGGGGUGCGGGGUCUGGUCAGCCUUCGCUCAUUUCCACCCUGGAGAUCCUGCCGAAUCCCUCCCACCUCACCCGAGGA